GCACUCUGAUUGGCUGAUUCGUAAACUCAGUUCUAACGGCACCAACAUUCAAACUAGCAUUCGCGUCGGGUUGUUUGUGGCUGGAGGAUACGAGUCGUCUGUUGUUUAAACUUUUUAUUAUAUAUUUUUUCAGCCUUUCAGGUUGCGAUAGGAGGCACUCAUUUGAACUGAGAUUCCCAGUGUGAAUAUGGAAGGGGGCUUUGCUGAUGCAUACACAUGGGAUGCCCCUUCUCAUGUUAUAGAGUCUAUAGAUGAUUUUGCCCUGGACCCUCAGGAUAAUGCUGACCAGUGGUUUGAAUUGAAGGCGGCUCCUACAAGCGGCACUGUGGAACAGCUCACAACCCCUUUACGGACUGCAAAUCCUUUUGAUGAAGCCCAUGAUACUGACAGGCCCAAAGCUUUGGUAUCACCCAUGGUCAAACAAGUAGAGACGACAAGCUCAGAUGUCACAGAAAACACCCCUACAGAGGUCCCAUCUAACAUAGUCACAUCAUGGGGGAAUGGCAAAACUACAGCAGCUCCUGGCCAGGGCCAGAAGUCUGUCCCUGCUCAGCCACGCAGAGUGUCCAAACGGCCUGUGCCAAGAAAUGAAAAGCCUACAGCUAUAACAACACCCCCUGUCGUUAAGAAAAGAAGAGUUGUACCAACUGCCACUGCAAGGAGAGUUUUUGAUCAGCGGCGAAGAAGCUCAACAUCCAGAACUGUGCGACGCAGUGGUGCAAGGAGCAGUGUCCGACUGAGGAGCAAACCAGCCAUUACCUCCAAGACCUCAGAUACUGCUUCUGCCUCCAACACUACACAACAGAAAAGCACAGAGCAGCAAGAGCUGGAGCGCAUCGAGGCUCUGCAGAAAGAGGUGGCAGAACAGCGCCGUAAGAACGAGGCCAGCUACAGGGCUGCACUGGCAGGAAGUCAUCUUCCUAAGAAGCAAGUGCUGUCCACGACCAUUCCCAAAGAGUUCAACUUCCGCUCUGAUAGCAGGAUGAAGAGCCACACGGAUGUAGGCUCUGCAGACGAUCACUUGUACAAGGAGAUAAACUUCACCUCUCAGCUCCGCAAGCACCCAUCUUCCCCUUUGAAGGCUCCAAAGGGAACAACCAUUCCCAAACCCUUCAACCUCUCCAGAGGCAAGAGGAAGCAUGAUGAGGCAGGAGCCUACGUACCAAUGGCCCAGCAGAUUGAGCAGUUCCAGAAACGCACACCCACCCGCUAUCACCUGCGCAGUCGGCAGAGCCAAGAGAGAGGACCAUCACCAGUAAAGACAGACAAACCAAAAAUCACACACCCCAAAACACCACAGCUAUUGACUCGCCAGAGACAUCGUCCCACGAUGGUGAAAAGCACUGCAGAGAUUGAGGCUGAGGAAGCAGAAAAACUGCAGCAGUUUAAGUUCAAAGCUCUAGAACUUAACAGAAAGAUUCUAGAAGGAGCUCUGGUUCCAAAAAAGCCUGCUACUAAAGAAGUUACCAAGCCUGAAGGCUUCCAGCUGGAGAUUGAGAAGCGACUUCAGGAGAGGCAGGCCUGUAAGAAGCCUGAGGAAAAAGAGGAUCACACAUUCCAUCCCAGACCAUUACCAACCCGAAUUCUGGAGGAAGUUGUGGGUGUCCCAGAGAAGAAAGUUCUAAAUCCAACCGUUCCAGAAUCACCUGCGUUUGCUCUUAAAAACCGUGUGAGAAUUGAAAAGAAAAAAGAAGAGGAAAAGCCUCCUGCUCCUAUUAAGGCACUUGCAGUGCCCCACUUCCUGCCCUUCCAGCCCAAACCACCAGUCAAGAGCCAGGUAGAAAUGUGCCCUUUCUCAUUUGAGGAACGUGAGCGUGAACGAAGGGUCAUGAAGGAGAAGAAAAUGGAAGAACUGAGAAAUGAAGAGGUGCCACAUUUCAAGGCCCAACCCCUUCCUAAAUUCGAUGAAGUGCACCUCCCGGAGAAAAAGGUAGCAGAGCCCACCAAACCUGCUCCUUUCAAGCUGAUGGUUGACGAACGAGGAGCGGCAAAGGGAGAACGCUGGGAACAGAUGAUGAAAGAGGAGUUGAAACGUCAGGCUGAAGCAGCAUGUUUUAAGGCACGGCCAAACAGUGUAGCGCACAAAGAGCCAUUUGUUCCGAAGAAAGAGAAUCGUUCCAUCUUGGCCAAUACUACUAAUUCUGCAGUUCCGGAGGGCUUCCAGUUGGCGACGGAGAGGAGAGCCAAGGAACGGCUAGAGUUCGAAAAGGAGUUGAGCGAGAAGGAGGCACUGAGGGCUCGCAUGGAGGAGGAGCAGGCUAGAGCACGAGAGGAGCAGGAAAAGGAGGAGAUUGCAAGGCUACGGCAGGAACAGGUGCGAAAGGCUCAGCCAAUCAGACGCUACAAGCCAGUAGAGCUGAAAAAGAGUGACGUGUCCCUCACGGUGCCCCAGUCUCCAAACUUUUCGGAUCGUUUCCGCAUGUAAAUGCGUAACACACCGUUACAUUGACUUAAUUGUACAUAUUUCUCUUGAUAUGUUUUGAUAUUUCUUGUUUUAUAUCACUCUUUGAUGUCUUUAUGGAUAUUUAGAGUAGUUUUUAUCUGUCUGUGGCUGAUGCAUUAAGCCUUUGUGGUCAAUUAAAACAAUUUCACAGUUGGGAUUGAUGCUUGCCCCAGCUAAAUUUCUUAACCCUUCCUGUAUAUGCAGAUUCAUUUUUCCUGUCCUGUUUAGCUGUUUUCUUCUAUCUCACAAUAAAGAGACUUUAGUGUACAAA